UGCCAAAUAAAUCUUUCUUUUUAGCAGCAUAUCUUGGGAUUCUGAUCGGUGGAAGUAUAAUUUGCUUAACAUAACACGUAAACAUUAGAGAAGUGUAGAAAUCUCCUCAUAUCUUUUCUUUUUUGUGGAGAUGUUUGAGACCUCGCACAUCCCGUAGAAAGCAGCUCUACGGGUGCGCGCGCAGAGCUGUCCGCGUCCCCGAGCUGACACUAUUAAAAACAAGCGGUGGUUUUUGUGCUCAUCGGCUACAAGCUGAGUAACAAUUUUUAUCGCAUACUAUAAAACAAACGGAAUCACAUCUUCGGCAGGGCUAAGGGAUGGAGUUCCCUGUAGAUGUGCUGGUGUCUAGCAGACAUGAAGACCUGGAAAGUUCAGCCCAAAGCUACAUGAACAAACUCCUUUACAGCAACCCGGAUAACACAGAAUACCUUACCUUGCCCAACACAAGAAAGAUUCGGAUCAGUCCUGCCAAUGUUGGGUUUGUACCUCUCUAUGGAGCCAACCUCAAACACAAAGUCCUGGCUCUGUUUGCUCCUGAGGACCAGUUCACAGCUGUGGCAUUGUUCUUGGUUAAUCAGUGGUACACAGUUGAAGAUUUACUCAGAACGUCAAAUCCUGCAAGAGAAGGCCUUGUGAAGGUACGGUCUGUGGGCGAGAGGAUAGUCUUGUAUGUGCUGAACCGCAUCAUUUACCGGACGAUGGAAAUGGGCACUAAUGAGGUGCCUUUCCUGUGCCAUGAAGAAGAAGUCUUUGCCAAAACCCUCUGGAAGAAUGGAGAGGCAGUGGGUUUCUACUCGGUUAAAUGUAAAGGUAGCUUGUGUAAUACUUUUGUGAGCCAGUGCUACUUACUUCCUGUCAUGGACUCUAUAUUUGUGCGGAAGAGUCAUCGCAGCAAUGGUCACGGCUUGCAGAUGCUGGAGGACUUUGUGGACUCUUUUAAAGAUGAUGAACUGGGCUUGAAAUACCCUUUAACAACGGCUAUGCAAAGGGUGUGCAGUCAGUACUUGAGGAGAUACCCAGCUGAUGUGGACCUGCUCUGGGAGGUGGAAGGAGUUGGAGGUCCCUACCAGAAAGUCAAAAUUGCAACCAAACUUGGCUCCAUGACACUACAAUGCAACCACAGCUCAUGGGCAGCAGAGGAAAGCAAAAACGGAGAGGUUAAUGAGGUGGAGAUGACCGAGGAGAGUCUGGACAUCACGGAAGAUGUGGUGGUUGUCAAACAUCGAAAAGUAGCAAAAGAAAUCAAUGAUCUGCCCAUUUCCACACGCACAAGGAGCAGCGAACACACAAACAAGAAAAGGCCACGUGAAGAACCAGAAGAGAUUGCUGGGGAGAACCGACCUGAAAAAAUCAACAGAUUGGUCGAACCAGAAGCAGAGACUGAUCCUGAUGCAGUACCUGAGACCAAAGAACUCACAGAUGGAGAAAGUGGAGAAGAACAAGACCAAGAAGAAGAAAAACCUUCAGUCCAGGUGGAGGCGGUUGUGACCCCAGAGGCCCCUGUAGCAGAAACUGAAAUUCUGGUGGCAGAAGUCAAUGGAGAAAUGAGUGAGAGUCACGAAGAAGAAUACGAGAGGUCAGCAAACACAGUGGAGGAUGAACCGGUCGAACAAGAGCUCCCACUAGAGACAGAAGCUGUCGUACAAAAUGGUGCUGAUGAAGAGAUGGAGGCAGAUAGAGAUGCACAGGAUGACAUUGUUAACACUUCCGACAAGUCUGAGGAAGCAUCUGAAGCAGUGGAGCAGAUGGACCAAGAACCUGUUACAGAGGAGAAACAAGAAGUAGAGGCAGAAGUCUCUCCUUUAGUUGAAGAUGAAGGGGAAGUUGAGCUGGAACGGGAAGAGGAAGCAGUUUUUUCAGCUGAAAAGGAAGCAGCUUCUUCAGUGAAAGAUGAAGCAGCUUUUGCAGCUGAAGAGGAAGCAACUUCUGCAACUGAAGCUGAAGUAGCUUCUGCAGUUGAAAAGGAAGCAGCAUUUGCAGAUGAAGAUGAAGCAGUUUCUGCAGUGGAAGAGGAAGCAGCUUCUGCAGUUGAUGAAACUGAGGACUCUGAUCAUCCACCUGAGGCUCCAGUCCUUUCAACUAACCUGGUUGAGUGUGUUUCCUCUUUGCAAGAUGAUGAGGCUUCAGAUGAACUAGUCGCUUCUGAGCAAGAAGCGUCAAUGGAGGAAAUCACUGCUUCUCCUAUUGAAGAAAACAAUGAACCAGCUGUGAACCAAGAAGACGAAACCAUCUCCGAUGAGCCACUUGAGACUGAGGAAAGUCAACCUGGCACGGAGGACUCUGAAAACGAGGAGGAAAAACUGCCUGAAGGUGAAGACAAAGAUGAACAGAAAGAAGGGGAGGAAACCGCCACCACUGAAGAUGAUGACGAGGAAGGAAAAAGCUCAGAUGGAAUUCAAGAUUCUCCUAUUGGGGUUCGAGUUCUUCGGGGAGGAAUAAGUAAACCUGUUCCACCAACACCCAAGCGAACAUCUAAUAGACUGAGAAAAGCUGUGGUCAUACAGGAAAUCAGUGAUGAGUUUGAUGAAGAAGAGGGGGAGGAAAAACUCACAAGCACUGAAGAGAAGGCGAGCACAGAAGAAGAUGAAGUUGUUGAACACAGUUCAGAAGAAGAAAAAGAAGAGGAGGAGCCUCCAGUAGUUGACAGGAGAGUGUUGCGGAGGAAAACCAAAGUGGUCCAGUCCACACCCACAAAGGCAAAAAGACGCAGUAAAAACAUUUGAGUACUAGUUUCUAAUUUUCAUGGCACUCCACCACACUCCAUUGUCUCCAUAAAGAAAAACACACUUAUGUACAUUAGAAAUGCUUGCACACUACGGCCUGUACUAGAAAGGAUUCAACAUGGCAUAUUUGGGAGGUUUUUAACAGGUGGUGUUUACAACGUCUAUGUUUUGGUUUAGUUUUAUUACUAAAAGGCAAAAACUUUAAACAGGCAGUAUUAAAUGUGUGUUAUAAGCACAACCUUUAAUUUACCGUGCUGACUGCUCAAAAUUAUAACUGUGAUUUUAAUCACUGUUUGCAUUUGAUUUAUUAUUAUUAUAACUAAUGUUUACCUGAUCUGCAGCUUAAACUGCUUAAAAAACAAGUUUUCAGUUUAAGGCAAUGUGAGCAACAAAGUAACAAUGUGAAUCUUAUAUUAGACGUGCAGUGCAUUGAUCAUUAUUAUUGUUUUUGAUUUUAUGAUAAGUUCUCACAAAUGUUAUACUUUGAAAACCAUUUAUGGGUUUCUUUAUUCUGUUGAACGCAGAAGAUUAUUAUUAUUU